AUGGUACCGACUUCGCAACCUCAGCCUCCAAUGGGUGAUGUCACUCCUGCCGGUUCACAGCCAACACAAGAAUUCCCUGGCAAUCCAGCUCAGCUCAGUGCUCAGGAGCAGCUUAUGUACGAGCAGUCGCAGGAGUAUCAGCUGCAGCUCCAGCAGCAGCUCCAGAGGCAGCUCCAGCAGCUCUGGGCCGAGCAGCGGUCAGAGAUCGAGCAGGUGACUGACAUGAAGAACCACCCCCUGCCACCCACCAGGAUAAGGAAGAUCAUGAGGGCCGAUGAGGACGUCCGCAUGAUCUCGGCAGAAGCUCCGGCGCUCUUCGCGAAAGCAUGCGAGAUGUUCACGCUGGAGAUGACGACGAGGUCAUGGAUGGUCACCGAGGAGGACAAACGCCGGGUCCUGCAGAGGAGUGACAUCGCCGCGGCUGUGGCUAGGACUGACGAUUACGACUUCCUGCUGGAUUUGUUUACCAGAGAAGAGACGAAGCAUGGGGUCCUGCUUCGUAGGACCGGGCAGCAGCCCAUGGGGACUCAAGCUGGUGCAUACCCGUACUACUAUGCGCCGCAGCAGCAGGUGGCAGGUGCGUCGAUGGCAUACGGUGGCCCGUCUACCUAUGUGUGGCAAGAGCCUCAGGUACAAGAGCAGGGCCAUGCCCAUGCGUCCACCUACGUGUGGCAAGAGCCUCAGCAACAACAGGAGGAGCCCUGA